UAUAGUUUACCUUUGGUGAGAUACUAUAGCACCAAAACAAAUCGAAGUGCUAUUCAAGCGACGAAGUUGACAGAUGAAGUAGUAAACUAGUUUCUGUGUUUGUUGCUGUGUUUAUAGGCUCGAGUUUUGAUGGUUGGCUGUAAACAUAAAGUCACUAUUUAUAAGAACGUAUUACAGUGAUGCUACAGUCAAUCACAUGCUCGAAUACAGUACUGGAGAGAUAUGAGAGCUAGCGAAAAAUAUUGUGUAAAUGUAAAUACUGAUCGAAAUGGUGCCAAAAAGAGACAUUUCGAAAUUAGCAGUUUUGCGUUGCAGUAACGUGUUAUGUGUUUUGUGAUAUUUUAACCAUGAUGGAAGAAAGCGAGAAGCCGUUUGCCUGCUCAGCAGAAGGCUGCUUAAUGCGUUUCACUAAUGAAGAUCAUUUGACUGUACAUAAAAAGAAACAUGAUAUGGUUCUAAACUUGGGAAGUGCACAAAAAUCAAAUCUUUUCAGUGCUGAUCAGACACCUACUCCGACACGUUUCAUUCGCAAUUGUGAAGAGGUUGGUUUGUUUCAAGAUUUGCAAAAUGUGAACCCAUUUGAAGAAACAUUCAGGAAAGCAUUUGAAGCAUCUAAAGCUGGAAUCGCAUUGCCUGAGGUGGACCCCCUUAGUGUGACUGCAGGUGGAGAUGACACUUUGCACACGCCACAUGUGUUCCCUAACAUUAUUGAAGAUUCUGAAUCUAUUCCAUCUCUUUUGUCCACAGAAUCUCUUGCAAGUGAAAGUAGCAAGAGGUCUCCUGUCAGGCAAGAUUUGGUCCAUUUUAUUAAGAAUUCUUCUGUAACAGAGGAAGAAUUCAAAGCAAAGGAUAAUCUACAUAAUUCUGUUGCUUCGGACUGUUUGGGAAAAGAAAACCCUGAACAACUUCAAGGAGAAAAUCUAAUGCAGCUGGAAGAUGACUCGCUCAAUCAGCAAAAUGAGACUGGAGGACUACAGGUUCUGCUUAAAACUUCAGAUGACAAGCUGGUCCAUCUUUCACUUGAACAGUUCGCUCAGCUGUCUGGAUCACAGCUUAUGAUCCCUAUCGUCACAUCUGUAACUUCGGGUGCUUCGGCAACCAGUAAUGAGGACAACAGUCAAUCAGUUGACAUGUCAACAUGUGUUCCAACCGUGUGCAAACCUGUCGUCCCAACUGAUGGAUCUGCACUAGUUAAAAUGAAAUUAAAGCAGACAUUGACAAAUAAUAAUAAAGUAUCCACUACAAGCACUCCUGGUCAGUCAUCUUCAGAGCAGGCUGACCAUACAGCACCUCCAGCAGAAUCCCGUGCACCAUGUUCCACACACAGCCGGACAAGGAAAAGCUCGUCACAAUGUGAUGAUGAUGAGAAAAGGAAAAAGUUUCUUGAGAGAAAUAGGGCAGCUGCUAUGCGUUGCAGAGAAAAAAGAAAAUCAUGGAUAAAAGACCUGGAGAAAAGGGCAGAUAUUUUGCAAACUUCUAAUGACCAACUACAAGCAGAGGUCAAAAGCCUUAGAGCAGAAUUGGCUACCCUCAAGGCGUUGCUUUUGCAACAUAAGAACUGUUCUGUUUCAGUUGCCAUGAUGCAGAAUGCCCAUGUAACAGCAGUGGAAGCUGAUUCGACUAAUACCACAACUGUUCAUCAGACAACUGCAGUCUCACGAAUAAGCAUAUCACACCAACCUGCAACAAAUAAGCCUAUAGUUGCUACAAAAAUUUUGCUUUCACCACCCAGCAAUGAACCCAGGCACAUAAUAUUAUUAAAUAGACCCCCUGUGAAACGAAAUGUGAGCAAUGCUACACCACCUAUCAAGAAAAAGGUAUGUGCAGGAGCUGUUAAACAAAAUGUUAGUGGCACUAAUAAUCAAGUACUACAGCAGGCAUACCUCAUCUCAUCAACAAGUGCAGAUGCAGUACAAGUUGCACAGGGUAACAUAAGCAAUGAGUCUCUUGUACCUGCCAUUUCAGUAGCAAAUGUGCCCACUGUUCCUGAAAUUAUACCUGCAGUGCUGAAAGAUUCAACUGUACCAAGUACAGACUGUAAUUUAGAACUAAGUGAAACAAAUCAACAGCUUGUUUCUCUGUCAUUAAUCAGUCAAUCGGAAGGACAUUUCCCAGCUCUUGUAGUGCCUGGUGUUGCUCUAAAGUCAACAUGUGAUACAGUGUGUGAUACAGGAUUAAACAGCAGUCAAGUAGUAGAACAUAUGAUUGAUAUUGACCCAAGUAUGGUGAGUGUUGAAACUCAUCAAGAGCCCAACAGUAGUGUUGAAAGAGACCAUUCAGAAGAUAGUGACAUUGAAGUGGUGUAUGACUCUUCAUCAAAGGAUGUAAGCUGAAAUUGUUUUGUUGCUUGUUAAUUGUUUGAUAAGCACAGCACUGAAUUGAAUUCAGGACUGCACUUAACAUUUUGUUAAAAAUGUAUAUAAACACAGGAAAAAUUAUUACUCUCUACACUACCCCAUUCCAGUUUAACUAUGAAAUAUAUUAAACACAAUGAAGUGCAGAGAGAGUUUGGAUUGUGGCUUCAAUUUAUUACAUGUGACAUUUUUGUUUUUGCUGUAAAGAGCUAAUUGUGAGAAGCAUGUGCACUGAUGAGCCAAAACAUAGUGGCCACCUCCAUAAUAGCUUUUUUGCCCAAAUUUCAAAUGAAAUAUAUCACUGAUUCUGCAUAUAAGGGAUCUGACAGUUUGUAGGUACGUUUGUGGGGGUAUGUGGCAUUAGAUGUCUAUGUCUCCACACAGGCCAUGUAAUUCGCGUAAAUAAUGGGCCACUGAUUUGCGUACCUGGCAAUGGCACCUGAUAGCAACUCAAAUGGAUUCCAUAGAAUUUACAUCAGGCAAAUUUAGACACUGAGACAUCCACAUGAGUUCACUAUAAUGCUCCUCAAACCAUUGUAGCACAGUUCUGGCUCUGAGACAUUGACAAUUAUACUGCUGAAAGACGACAUUACUGUUGUGGAAGACAUCAAGCAUGAAGGGAUGCAAGUAGUUCAGAUUACUACCACAGGUCCCAUGCAAGCACAGGAGAAUGUCUCUCAUAGCGUAAUACUACUCCCACCAGCAUGUUUCCAUGUGUUGCACCGCAUGUUUCAAGCCACCAUUCACCUCACUGAUGGUGUUUGUAGAGGCAACCACCAACCUAAUGUAGCAAAAUUGAGAUUCAUCUAAAGAGCCAACACUUUUCCAUUAAUCAAUCGUCAAAUAAGAGUGGUCCCGUGCCCACUGCAGUUGUAAUUGACAAUGUUGUUGGAUCCACAUGCGAACACGUAGGGGUUGGCUGCUGCAGAGCUCCGUGUUCAACAAUGUAUGAUGAAUGGUGUGCUUUGAAACAAUUGUGCAUGCACCAGCGUUGUUCUCUUUGGGCAGAGAUGCUACAGAUCACCAUCUAUCCUACUUUAUAGAGCAGACAAACCUCCGAGCCCAGCGGCCUGAGAAGAGUUGUUUAUGUCAAACCAUUUAGCAACAAGUGGUAGUUUCACAGCCCUUCUAUCUUUCCGUAGAUUCUCAGAACAGUAGCACGUGAAUGUUCGACCAGCUUCGCCAUUUUUGAGAUACUCGUUCAGUCUUUGUGUCAUAAUAAUCUGCCCUUUGUUAAAGUCACUUAUCUCAACGCAUUUCCCCAUUUGAAGCCCAUAUCUUCGCUAGGGAGAUCCCCCGUCUGUCUCUGCACCUCUUGCACACUAUUUUUACCUGUCAUGUGCCUGCAAUGCCCCCAGGCAGCAUCCAAUGUCAUAGUGGGUAGUGGUUACAAUGAUUUGGCUUAUCAGUGUAUAUAAUUUGAGAUUUGAGAUUUCCAUAAUAAGAAAGUUGCUGUGUGAGGAAGAUUUGUACCAGGUUGCUGAUGUAAUGUGUUGGGAGAUAUAUAAAUUUUUUUUUAUCAUGACUAUGAUUGAGUUGGCUGUUUAAAACAGCCAAAUGACUUUUAGAAGCAUUGUAUCAUUUUUUUACACUCUGACGAUAUAAAAAUUUGAUAUCUACAUGGAUGUAGUAAACAUAUCAUGUAACAAUUAUAGAGCAUAAAGAGAGCAUGUUUACAAAAUAGAAAGUGCAACAUAAUUUUUUUCAUUAUAAAGGAUAGAAUCAUUACAGUUUUUAUGUUAUUACAAUAACUUGCAGUAUUGAAACUUGUGGUUAAAUUUGAUGCUCCAUUACAUGGAACAGUAAUAGUUUUAGAAUUUAGAUGCUGCUUAUAGAAGAACAGGUUGUCAGAGCUACAAAACCUAAAAAUGUUAAUCAAUGUAUAUAAAGUGACAAUUAUACAAGAAAAUGUCAAUUGCUAUUCAUCAGGACACAAAUUAUCUCAGAUAAUUAUAUCUAGAUGUCAAUGUAUUUAAUAUUGUCAUAUAAAUUUGGAAAAAAAUAUUGGAUGUAAUUAUAUGGAGUUUUGCCUUAUAUCUUGCUUAUUUAGCAUGUCUCAGGGUGUAUCAUCUGCAACAGUGUUGGCACAAUGUAUCUGUUCUUCAUUGUUGAAUAUUUUUUUGUGUACAUUGUGUGUGUUGACACACACUUUUUCACUUGCUAGUUUUCUUAAAUUUUAUUAUGGUUUCAGUUACCUAUGCAAAAUAGCAUCAUUUGCCGUAGUAAUUAUUUGGUUUCUUCUUUAUCCUGUUCAAUGUUUCAACAAAUCCUAGGAACACUAGAAUGGUAUCCGUGUGCCCUUGCCCUUUUUUUUUUUAAAUACCCAGUCUCGUGUGUGUGUGUGUGUGUGUGUGUGUGUGUGUGUGUGUGUGUGAGUGAGAGAGAGAGUAGCAUUUUAGCAUUUCAAUUAGGGCUGCUUUCAAUCUUAAAACUAUGUGCGGCAUAGUCAGCAGAAUUUGCAGUACAGAAUGUGCAAAGUAAAACUGGCCUGGAAAAUAUUUACAAAAGUCUGAUGUGGGAUUGACUGUUGUUAAUAAACAUCACAAAAGAUGCUGGAAUUGGCCACCAUCAACAUUGAUGCAAUGCUGUUCUCAAUUUAUCAAACUGUGAGACCCAUGUAACAGCUCUGCCUGAGGUGUAUCAGCAAUAAUAUUUUCAGUGUUGUGCUGUAACUCUUCCAGUGUGUGAGACUUAUUUAAGUACAUCUUAUCCUUGAGUUGGCCCCACAGGUAAAAACCAUAGGAAGAGAUCAGGUGAUUAAGAUGACUAGGAGAUUGCACUGCUUCUGCUGAUUGUACUCUCAUCACCAAACCCCUCAUGCACUCAUGACAAGAUUGUCGAAGUAGUGUGUGCUGUUGUUCUGUUUUUGUGCAAAUAUCCAUACAGCUGUUCAUCAUCUGCAAGUUGAUAUGGAUUCAACAGUUUCUGGACAUACCAGUUAGCGUUAACAGUUUGGUGAAAGAAUCUUGUUACAAUUUGGACACAAAUUGUCAUACACCAAACACCAAUCCUGAGAUAAAGCAAUAGCUCUUCAAAGUACUGAUUAGGAUUUUUGGGUGCAUAAUGCUGCAUGUUUUGUGAGAUCACAUACCCUGAAAUGCUGAAGCAGUCCUCAUCACUUAGAUAUAAUGAUGCAGUGAAAUACUCGGGAUAGAGCAUGGAGGAGAUGCAUAUGCACACAUGUGACAGUAACUGAUUGGUGCAUCAAAAUCACAGUUUCCAGCAUUUUCUGUGAUGGACAGUUCGCUUGUACAGUAACAAGGGUUAAUUCAGUCUUAUAAAUAUUUUCUUUGCUAGUUUUAUUUGGCUCACCUUGUAUAAUGGAGGCUAUUGCUGCUAUGUUCUUACUGCAUCAGAAAACAGUAUUCAGUUUAUUUAUGUUUCCACAGAAAUAUGACUGUAAAAUGAAUUGCAAAAAUUAGGUGCUUCAAAACUUUGUGCUCCAUAGAUUUUAACGACCCAUAUUCUCAGAAUGUCUGAUGACACUGCGUGAAGGCUAGAGUAUUUUCUUUCUGUAUGUGAAACGUUGUAAGAUUGCAGUGCUGGCUCUAAUCCAGGGGAACAGCAACUGUAGAGAAUUAGACUGUAAAAUGAGCUUCAUGCCUCAAAGUUAAUAGUGUGGUCAAGGUUAGCUAUUGCUAACAUUGAAGAAAUAAAAUUUUUGUGAUAUAUUUAAAGAGAAAUAAUGUUCCAUUGUUAGAAUGUUGUUUAUGUAUUUUCAUGAAUUGUUCACACAGUGAUUUCUGUACUUGUUUACUUAUUUGUUGUGAAAGUAUUGCUUAGCAAACAACCAGCAAUGAUUUUGUUAAUUUGUUUUACUAAAUGAUUUUGUUUUUAUUUAUGAAUUUCUGUAUAUCUUAUACAUGUUUAUAUUGUUGAUAAAUAUUUUUAUUGCUGAUAAAUGAUAAUUUGUUUUGCAGACUGAAUUCUGUGUGUGUGUGUGUGUGUGUGUGUGUGUGUGUGUGUGUGUGUGUGUGUGUGUGUGUGUUGCUUC